AUGCCUGUGGGGCUGUUUGAGCUUCAUCUCAUUAAGUUCAUUAAGCAGAACAGAGAGAUUAAAGAGCUGAAAAGACAAACCAAAGGUCAGGAAGGAGAAUAAACAGCGGCCAAAGGCAUUUUCCACAACCUGGCAACGCAGACGAUAUUCUAAUUAAUAUCUUAGUACUAAUAAAUCGUCAGAAAACGAUUUAACACCAACAGGCUGCCGUAGUUCUGAUAAAGUUAAAGUCUAAGUAGGAGUCUAACUCUUUGUUCAGACGAAGCUGAACAAAGGGAAUUACACACUGACGCAUUUCAGCGCCUAUAGAGACUUUAGUGUGCCUGCGUGUGCGUGUGCGCGCGUGUGUUCUAGUCUGUGGGGUGGAAAAUCAAAACAACACCCAGAGACUGACUGCAGGGCUGUCACACACACACACACACACACACACACACACACAGUCUACACGUUUGGAAUUCAUUCAGAGAGAGAGAGCGAGCCUGCGUGUGCGCGCCCCCGCUGCCUCGCCAUCGGUUCGGGCGCGUCGCCGGGUUUGCGUGCGCGUCCCCGAGAAAUAAAGAAAAAGAGGAAAAAGGAAGGGAGGAGAGAGAGAGAGAGAGAGAGAGGUAAACCCGCCGUCUUCUUCUUCUCCUGCUGCUGCAGUGUCUGAUUCUCCCUCCACCACCUUCAUCAUCAUCACCAUCAUCAUCCUCUCCUCCCUCCCGUCUGUCUGUCUGCCCCCCCUCCCCCUCCCUCCCUCCUCCUCCUCCUCCUCCUCCAUCCACUGAAGGCAUGGCCAGAUAUCACAGCGACAAAAGAGAGAGAGAGCGGUAGAGAGACCUUGACGGAGACCGAGAGAGAGAGAGUGAACUAGAGAGAGAGGGAGAGUGAGAGAGAAGGAGGCUGCAGACUUUCCGACCAGAGAGGAAGAGGAGAGGAGGAAGAAGAGACAGAGAUAGAGGAGUCUCCAUCUUCGCCAUAUCAAUCAUGACUUUGGAAGACGGCCUCUGAAACUGUGUUUGGUAAAAAAGAUUCUUCAGCUACAAGACCAGCAACAGAUUGAGGUGCUGCCGAACUGAGCUCUGACCAGAUGGAGGUGAAUGCGGUUGAAAAACGCCAUCGAACACGAUCCAAAGGAGUCCGAGCUGCUGUGGAAGCUGUAACACAGGAGUUAUUCAGCUGUCCCACCCCAGGCUGUGAUGGCAGCGGUCACGUCAGCGGGAAAUACGCCAGACACCGCAGUGUUUACGGCUGCCCGCUGGCCAAGAAGAGGAAGGCUCUGGAAAAACAGCCGCUGGAGCCGGCUGCCAAGAGGAGGCCCUUCCUCACCUCCUGCCCAGGCGAGGAGGAAGAGGAGGAGGAGGAGGACGCUGGCGUCUACACUAGCUACGAGAACGAAGCCAUGGAGGUGGUGGACGCAGGGAAGGAGCAAGGGGAGGUAGUGGAGGAGGACGAGGAGGAAGAGGAAGGGGAGAGAGAAGGAGACGAGGAAGAGGAUGGGGAGGUGGAGGACGAAUUCUCGGAGGACAACGAGGAGCAGGGAGAAGAGGAGGAGGAGGAAGAGGAAGAGGUGGAGAGAGCAGACGCGACAAUAGGAGGAGAGCGGGCGGAGGAGGAGGAGGAGGAGGAAGGGAUGGACGAGGAGGAGGAAGAAGUGGAUGAUGGGGACGAUGAGGAGGAGCAAGAGGACGAAGGAGAGGAAGACGAGCAAGAAGAGGAGGAGGAGGAGGAAGAGGAGGAGCAGAAUCGUCAGCAGGUAGAGAACCACUACAAACCCAGUGCACAAUCAAAGCUCAUCCCAGUUCAGAAGGACGACAACAACAACAACAGCUGCGCCAUCAGCGCCGGUAACGGCACCGGAGAGGAGUACGAGAACUACGACGAGCUGGUCGCCAAGUCGCUGCUCAACCUGGGUAAGAUCGCGGAAGACGCCGCCUACCAGGCCAUGACCGAGUCCGAGAUGAACAGCAACUCCUCCAACAGCGCCGGAGAGGAUGACGACGACGACGAGGACGAUGGCAGCGAGCAGGGCGACAGGAAGGGCGAGCUGAGCGUGGACCUGGAUAGCGACGUGGUCAGGGAGACGGUGGACUCCCUGAAGCUCCUCGCGCAGGGUCACGGCGCCAUGCUGCCCGAGGACGGCUACCCGGAGGGCGCCAUGGUGGCUGACGGCGGCCACGCUAAUGGGCGACCUGGGGUCAGGGUUCAGGCGGAGGAGAGCGAGGAGGAGGUGUGUCUCAGCAGCCUGGAGUGUCUGAGGAACCAGUGCUUUGAUCUGGCUCGGAAACUGAGCGAGACGCAGCCGUCUGAUCGCCCCGCCCUCCAUGGCCUCCACCAACAGCUGCAGAACCCAACAGACCAGCAGGUGGUGCACCACCUGAGCAGGUACGAUAGCUGCCAUCAGGGUGCACUGGAGGAGCCCAGGUCUCUGGAGCGCAGCUACUCCGACAUGGUGAACCUGAUGAAGCUGGAGGAGCAGCUGAGCCCGGCGUCCAGAGGCUACCCCACCAGCUGCAGCCAGGAGGGCGACGAGGACACCACGUCGGUGGCUUCCGACCGCUCGGACGAGACCUUCGACAUGGCCAAGGGAAAUCUGUCACUGCUGGAGAAGGCCAUCGCCCUGGAGUCAGAGAGAGCGAAGGUCAUGAGGGACCGGAUGGCCUCGGAGCAGCACGCGGUGCCCCGCCGGGAUCACCACCAUCACCGCGGCCACGGCGAGCACAGCCCGAGGCUGAGCAGCGCUGCAGAGGAGCGCAAGUCCAGGAUGCACCAUGACGGGUUGAAGAGGGCGUACUACCCUAAAGACUCUUCCAGGGGGGAGAAGAAGGAGAGCAAGUGUCCGACACCGGGCUGCGACGGGACAGGUCACGUGACGGGUCUGUACCCGCACCACCGCAGCCUGUCCGGAUGUCCCCACAAAGACCGAGUCCCGCCUGAGAUCCUUGCCAUGUAUGAAAAUGUUUUAAAGUGCCCUACUCCUGGCUGCUCUGGACGGGGUCAUGUCAAUAGCAACAGGAACUCGCACCGCAGUCUGUCCGGCUGUCCCAUCGCUGCUGCAGAGAAAAUGGCAAAGGUCCAUGAGAAGAGUCACUCGACUGAGAGCGGCAGUAAAACCAAUCAGACGUCAGACCGCGUCCUCAGGCCGAUGUGUUUCGUGAAGCAGCUGGAGAUUCCUCAGUACGGCUACAAGAACAACGUCCCCACCAGCACGCCGCGGUCCAACCUGGCCAAGGAGCUGGAGAAGUACUCCAAGACCAGCUACGACUACGGUGGCUAUGACGGCCAGCACGCCGGCGGCGGCUAUGGGAAGAGAGGCCCGACAACCAAGUCCCACCACGGGCGAGACACCUCUCCGAAGGGAUAUGACGCCAAGCGCUACUGUAAGACGUCGAGCCCGGCCAGCAGUACGACCAGCAGCUACGCUCCCAGCAGCAGCAGCAGCCUGAGCUGUGGAGGAGGAGGUGGAGGUGGAGGAGGAGGCGGAGGAGGAGGAGGCGGCGGCGGCGGAGGAGGGGGCGGAGGAGGAAGCAGCGCCAGCAGCACCUGCAGUAAGAGCAGCUUCGACUACACCCACGACAUGGAGGCGGCCCACAUGGCGGCCACGGCCAUCCUCAACCUGUCGACGAGGUGCCGGGAGCUGCCGCACGCUCUGGGAGGGAAACCCCAGGACCUGCUGACACAGAGUCCGGUCGGUGACCUGGACGACAGCGGUGCGGUGGACGUGGCCGGUCAGCCCGGCGGUCCCGAGGGCAGCGGGACGGUGUUGACCCCCCUGCAGCCGAUGUCGCCCCAGCGGCAGGCUCUGCUCAGCAGCCGCUGCUACCAGCUGAGCGAGGCCGACUGCUGGGACCUGCCCGUCGACUACACCAAGAUCAAACGACUCGGGGACGAGCAGGACCACAAAGAGUCGGCUUAUUUCUCGUCCCUACACCAGAGCGACGAGCUGGACCCGUUCCAGGAGCUGCUGGACGAGCAGCGCUACCCGGCAGAGGUGACCAUGCCCAGCCCCAAGCACCACAAGUACCCACCCUGCAAGGAGAGCAAGAAGGAGCUCAUCACGUUGUCGAGCUGUCAGCUGGCCGAUAAGAAUAUCCGCGGGAUGAUGACAACCAACUCCCAAGAACUCAAGUGUCCGACCCCCGGUUGUGACGGAUCUGGACACAUCACUGGAAACUACGCCUCCCACAGGAGUCUGUCAGGUUGUCCACGCGCCAAGAAGAGCGGCAUCAAAAUCCUCCACAGCAAAGAGGACAAGGACGACCAGGAGCCGAUCAAGUGUCCGGUCCCGGGUUGUGAUGGACAGGGUCAUGUAACGGGGAAGUACGCCUCCCACCGUAGUGCGUCAGGCUGCCCCCUGGCGGCAAAGAGGCAGAAGGACAGCUACGUCAACGGAUCGCAGUUUGUCUGGAAGUCUGGCAAGACGGACGGCAUGACCUGCCCGACUCCGGGCUGUGACGGCUCAGGACACGUCAGCGGGAGCUUCCUGACACAUCGGAGUCUCUCCGGUUGUCCCCGAGCCACCUCGGCCAUGAAGAAGGCCAGGAUGAGUGGUGUAGAGAUGCUGACAAUCAAGCAAAGAGCGAGUAAAGGCAUCGAAAAUGAUGAAGAAAUCAAACAGCUGGAUGAAGAAAUCAAAGAUUUGAAUGAGUCCAACAAUCAAGUGGAGUCAGAUAUGAUAAAACUGAGGACACAAAUCACCACCAUGGAGACUAACCUGAAGUCCAUCGAGGAGGAGAACAAGGUGAUCGAGCAGCAGAACGACUCGCUGCUACACGAGCUGGCCAACCUCAGCCAGUCACUCAUCAACAGCUUAGCGAACAUCCAGCUGCCGCACAUGAGACCGCUGCCACAGAAAGAGGCCCCAGUAAAGCAUAACUGCUGUUUACAGAUGCCUCCCAGAGAGCCAAUGAACGAACAGAACUUUGACACUUACGUGAGUACACUGACAGACAUGUACACCCACCAGGACCAGUACCAGAGCCCAGAGAACAAGGCAUUACUGGAGAACAUCAAACAGGCCGUUCAGGGCAUCCAGGUGUAGCCGUGACUGAGGCUGUAAUAACAAAUGCAAAGCAAAAACAACAAGAAAAAAAAAAAGAAAAAGAAGGGAAUGGGUUGUUUUUUGCUGCUGUAAUCUACCACACUUAUUUUAUUUCUUCUGCUAUUAUGCUCUCAACUCCAUGGGUAUCUUUUUUUUUUAUUAUAAUUUUGAUUGUUGUUGCCUUGCUUUGAAAAAUGUUUUAAACAAACAUUCACGUUUUGUACAUUUUCAUAUGACCUAAUAUAAUGUGAUGUACUGUUUAUAGCUGCUAAUGUAUGCACAUUCUAGUGUAUAUGUAUGUAUUUAUUUAUUUAUUGUAAGCUUGAAUCAUUUCUUAUUUUAAUGUGAUACAUCGAAAAAAAAACUGGGCGUCACGGGUUUAACAGGGAGCAAAAGAGCGGCGAGAGUUGGGGGGGGUGGACGACAAAGUGAAGAGCAAUCAAUUUUCGAAAAGGCUUUUCUCAUGAGCUGGAGGUCGUUUAAACGGAUGUAAAUUCACCGAUUUUGUUUUUGUAACGUUUUGAAAAAGUGGACCGUACGGACACUGAUGUUACUGUAAAUCUUUAGCUAAAAAAUAAAAGAAGAAACCAAACCCCGAGCAAGAAGAUUUCAAACAUCAUGACACGGAAACUUACUGGUGCAAAUCCCCAUCCCAUCAUCCCCACCCCCCUUUUCUGAGUUGUUUCGUUUCAAACUUGUCCUCUUCUGUCGCUUUUUUUCUUUGUUCGUUGCGAAGGAACGAAGCGGGAAAAAAACAACGGCUACAGAAAAACAUAGGAGACAAUCUGCCAUUCUGAAUUUAUUUUAGUCAUCAACCUCGACUAGCUAAUAGGACAAUGUGUCAGCAAUAUUGGUAUGAUAAUAUAAAAUCGUUUGUUUAGAUAUGGGAUGCAAUCUAUAUGAAAAAAAUGUUUGGGUAUAUGCAAUUUCUUAUAUAUAAAACUAGCAAAGAGCUGAUAGAUCUUUUUACUAACUAUAAAUGUAUUGCGUUUUGUAUAAACCUUUUACUACAAUCAUGUUGUAGGAAUCUGACGCGGGUGAAAGGACUCUGGUUCUGUCAUGUUCGACUUUGCACAGGGACACCUUUGUUUCCAUGUUUUGAUGUUUUUAUUAGUCGAUUAAGAGGCGAUAAAGAGGUGAGAGGAUUUGUAAGAUAUUGAUUUUUUCCUUUCUAAAAGGCUGACGGCUCCGCUGGACUUACAGGGUCAAACGUCCCCAUCCGUCAUUUGUAUAUUGCACUCAUUCUGUAGAAAAAUCGUCUUUCUAAUCAUGCAUCUUAUUGUCUGAGCCACAAUGGGACAUGAUGCCGAACGACAUGAUGACCAAGCAGCUUUUUCUUUUUUCUUAUUUUCCUUUAAACUAUCUUUGAUUUUUAUUGAAAAGAUGAAUGAAAACUAGAGCCAGCAGUCGUUAACGCUGUGUCUGUGUGCACUGAUUCUACCGACUGAUCUGAAUCGGCCUUACGAUGACUCUCGGUCUGAAAUCACAGUACUGAUGUGAUGGGGGAGUAUGUUUUCUGAACACCGUCGAUCAUGCAUGCACUUUAUUGGAGUAUGUCAAAGUAUUAUCACGUGGUAAAAUGAAGCAAAAACUGUACAGCGAGUUUGUGGAAACUGUGACUUUCGAGAAGAUUUUGUGCUGGUGAUUCCUGUUUGAAAGCAACACGGAGAAAAUUUCACUGAGUUGAUUUGUUACUUAAAGGAAAAUUCCCCCUUUGACCCAAUACAGUACUUUAUAUAACCUUAGUCAGUAGAGUUGUGAAGAAGGGAGGAAGUGUUUCAGAGCUUCCAGAGUUCUGUAAAAGUUGAAAUUUCCUCAAGUCCUUAAUGGACAUAAAACGUUCCUGGUUGAAUUAUCAGUACAAAACAUUAAUUAAGAAAAUUAAGAAAAAAAAGACUAGACAUAAAAAU